CUCAUAACCUUCAAAAUGACUCAAAACAGCCUAUCGAAUAUACUCAGAGCUGCCACUCUAGACCUAUCUCCCUACGAGGAACUCUACAAGCAUUUCCACGCACAUCCAGAGCUCUCACGACAGGAAAAAGCCACCUCGGAAACAAUCACCGCCCAUCUAUCCCAGCUAGGCGCUUAUGAAAUCCACACACACAUCGGUGGAUACGGGCUCGCCGGCGUUCUCAGAAAUGGCCCUGGAAAGACGAUUCUGCUACGGGCCGACAUGGACGCGCUGCCAGUCAAGGAAUUGACCGGGCUACCCUACGCGAGUUCAGUCACGAUGGCUGAUGCCGAGGGCGUUGAGAAGCCAGUCAUGCACGCGUGCGGACAUGACAUGCACAUCACCUGUCUCCUUGCGGCGGCGGAAUUGCUCGCAAAGACACAGGAUGCGUGGAGCGGGACGUUGAUUGUGCUUUUCCAGCCUGACGAAGAACGCGGGGGCGGCGCGCAGGCGAUGGUCGAUGAUGGGCUUUAUACGAAGAUCCCCAUGCCGGAUUAUGCCUUUGGACAGCACGUUAUGCGGUUGCGUGCGGGGAGUGUUGGGUCCCGGACUGGGACGAUCAUGGCUGCUGCAGAUAGCUUGAAGAUUACACUGUACGGGCGUGGUGGACAUGGAUCACAGCCACAGCAGACAAUUGAUCCGGUGAUUCUCGCUGCGCAUGUUGUUCUGCGACUGCAGAAUAUCGUCAGCAGGGAGGUUGACCCGACUGAUCUUGCCGUCGUGACGGUGGGCAGUCUGCAGGCUGGACAGACGGAGAAUAUCAUCGCCGACAGGGCGGAGAUAGGCGUCGACUUUCGCAGUGUCAAGCUGGCUACUCGCGAGAAAAUCCUCGCUGCUAUCAAACGCAUCGUCGAGGCCGAGUGUAUCGCCAGUGGCUCGCCGAAACCGCCCUUGUUCACGCCCACCCGACGGUUCCCACCUACUGACAACAACGACCGUCUCGCCGCCCAGCUGGCCGAGUCUUUUGGAGACCACUUUGGGGGGCAGUUUGAUGGUGAUACGCCACGGACGAAUGUGAGCGAGGAUUUCUCCACGCUGGCGACUUCCCACGGCAUUCCGUGCUCGUUUUGGUUCAUCGGGGGAGUUGACCCGGGGCUGUGGGAUAGGGCUCAGGCAGAUGAGGCUCUCAUGCAGGAGAUUCCGGGGAAUCACUCUGCGCUGUUUGCGCCGGUGAUUCAGCCGACCAUGAAGACGGGCGUGGACGCAUUGUGCAUCGCUGCGUUGACUUAUCUGAAGUAGCCAGUAUAUAACAUUAUUUGAUAGGCUAUUUCUCCCACUUCUUUAGCGCACCCUGGUUAUAUGUAAAUUCUAGAGGAUUAAUCAUACAGACGUUGCUGCAGCACUCUUAAACAGCUCAGAUCACAACCCAGCAAUGGGAAACGGAAGACAGCGUGUCCAGCUUUAGAUAUCAUGCCUUGCAGAUUUAC